CAGCUGCAACGUGCAUCAAUCACCCCAGGUGUUCGCACUUGAGGGCUCAUCCGGCAUCACGCCCCAGCUCAAGCAGCCCUUUGAGGUGGUGUCGUGCAGUCCAUACACGACGUCACGGGUAUCUUUGUCAUCAAUUAAGAGCUCAUGCUGAUUACGAACCAUGGUGAAUGUCAGAACCUCCUCGACUGCGAUCUGGACAAGGGUCUGUGGGUGCAGCAGCCGCAGGAGUUCAUCAGCUCCGGCAUCGACAGCACGCCUCCUCAUCCGGCGCUGCCAUUUCCUCCGCCUCCGCUGUCACCGGUGCUGCCAUCGUCACCUGUCGUCACCUCUGGCACUGCCGACGCCGACGCUGCGGCCGCUGCGGCCCUCAGGCUCCGUCUGUCGGCGGCGCCGCCUUUGUCCCAACAGCCACUGCAGUCGCCACCGCAGCCGCCGACGCCACAGCCCUAGUGCCCGUGGCAGCCGCCGGCGCCGCCGCCAAGGAAGCAAUGGCAGCGGCAGCGGUUGCGGGGAUGCGGUGGCGGCGGCGGCGGCUGAUCUGCGGGUCCUGCUGCUGAGACUGCGGCUGCUGCGUUGUAAGCGCGCUAGCCGGCGCCGUGGCAGGCGCCUCCUCCGCCACCGCCGCCAGCACCUUCAGCUACUGCUGAAGCGGCGGCGCGAACCGCGGCCCACCCGCCGCCGCAGUCGCCAUCGCCACCGCCUGCGGUGCGAGUGCUUCCAUCGCAGCGGCGGCGGUGCUGGCUGCGAUGACCUUGCCACCGUCGCUGCCCGUGCCGUCAGCGGCAGCGUCGGGCAAUGCUGUGGCGCAACCGCCGCGUCGCGGUGCGCUCGGCAACAGAAAAGAUUGGUUGACAGGCCGCCGCCGCGGCUGUGGCUAUGUAUUGCUGCCGCCGCCACGGCCGCUAGCUGCUGGCCCUGAGCCUGCUGCGGUUGCGCCGUCAUCGUCUGCGCUAGCGGCUGUGAUGGCGCUGGCGGCAGCAGCAGCGGCGUGGGCAGUUGGGCACCGUACCUGUAACCCGUAGGCGUUGGAAGUCGAUGGCUUGCGGGCAAGUCGCACUGGGCGUGGCAGUGUUGCAGAGUGUUAUGUGGUUACACGGAAUGAUGCUAUAUUGUUCAGCCAUCAACUUGGCAUUGUUGCAUUUAGAUUCCUACGAAAACUGUAGUGUGUUAUCGGACGCGGUCGGUGGAGCGAGUCAGGAUAUUGGGGCCGUGGACUCGUGUGGGGUUUUGCACGCCGCAGCGAGAUCGACAAGACGUGCAUCAUGGGGGCUUCAGUAAUUCACUGAAUCACUGUAAUGUGUAUUUGAG